AUGAGAAGAUCACUAAAGCAACUUGUUCCAGUUGUCUUCAUGAUAGCCAUUUUGAGGGAAACUGAUUCAUCAUUGUCAUUUGCUGAUGGAUGUAACCAAACAAAUGCUGCUGCUCAGCAGAUAGCCCACCGUUUGCACGAGGUUUUCGAGAAAAACCUUGGUUUUAACCGUCUUCAAAGCUUAUACGAUUCUCUUUCCUGUGUUAAUCAAACCACUGAUGUUAAAAGGCUGCUGAACAGUAUAACUGAUCCUGCAGCUGCUCGGCUUAAUGCCUCUGUAAAGUUCCUACAGGAGCUUAGUGCUACGCUGCAUCAGUUGUCAAGUAAGACCCAUCAUGAAAACGUUACUGAAUGUUGUAAGUAUUUGAACGGCACCAGCGUCACAACCUUCUUCAGCGAAAGACUUCGAUCUUUGGUGGAUACAACUACUGGCUGUUCUAUCAAACAUUCGGCUUUAAGUGGCGAACGUGAAAGCUUUAUCCUCAACACUGAGUUGUCAAAAAGGUUCAAAGACAACUUUAAAGGGUCGCCAGUGGUUGCAUGGCAAUAUUACGGUUCCAUAGACGGAGAAUACGUCCAGUACCCUAGAAACACACGCCAUUGUGAAGGCACCUCUUCAGCACAGUUUGAUCCACGGUUUAAGUAAGUUGAGUAAGAAAGAAAUCAGCCUACAAACAUAAAGGUGCCAUCUUACGCAUCAAUGGAAUUUCAUUUUAUCUGCCAACCGAAAGGUAGCGACACUUUAUUAUAAUGCUACCGUGGCGCCCCCUUGCACAUGCCUCUUGUGCACCACACUUUCAUAAUUAUAUAAUCUGUUUAUUUGCAUUUACAAAAAUAACACAUGUUAACAAUUUUAAAAAGACUUUAAAACUUAUACCGAACGAGCGAAAGGAUAUCAGAAAGGGCAUCGGAGACAAUUCCUUCAAGAAAAUAGAAAAACAAGGAAAUAAAAGAGAACUAGCGUUUUUCAGCGAAAAAUUUGUACUGAGUCUCCUUGAAUCAUUCUUACAAUGCACACUGUAACAUAAUUAAGUCAAUUUUAGCAUUUGAUGGUAGGAAUUCAUUCUGACAUUCAGAUCAUGGUACGUGGAAACAGCAUCUCCUGUUAAGAAAAAUCUUGUGAUCAUUGUUGAUCGCAGCGGCUCCAUGUCAGGUUUGAGAAUGCUUUUAGCCAAAGAUGCCGCUGUCACAGUGCUUGACACCCUGUCAGCUCAGGACAAUGUAAGUCAAAGACAUUUUGGCACGGGAUUCAACUUUUCCCUCUUUUACUGUUGCCGUUGUUUUCCGCUAGGUCGGCAUCUUGGCAUUUUCCCACCUGAUAAAGACCCCAUCUGGAUGUUUCGGAGCCACAGUUGCGAAAGGAAUCCCUGCAAAUUUAGCUAAGAUGAAGCAGUGGACCCGGAAACUCACGGCGUUCGGUAGGAAAGUUUUCUCCCUAAAUGUGACUUUCAAAUGUGACAAAAAUAUAACAGAGAUACCCGUAAAACUCACAUACCUUAUCAUGGGACUGUUAAAGUAGGAUUCAAGAUGACUCAGAGAUAGGCUUUUCUUGUUCGUUUUGUCUAGUAUGGUCCAGGUAAAAAUAGACAAGGCCCGUUUAAAUCAUAAGAAAUAUCCUCAUAAAGAUUUUAACAUUUAUUUUAUUCCAGGAAUCAUGAUUGUUUUAAUGAGACGUUCUUCUUUUCCAGGAUCAACUUAUUACGCGAAAGCCUUCAAAAGCGCCUUCAAAAUGUUUGAAAAUGUCACAAGGCAGGUAAUGAAAAGGAAUGUGCGUUUCUUUUAAUAACUUACUCGAUUCCGCGGAAAGUUGGGAAGCUAUUGCUUACUCUACAAUUAACUCUCUUUUACGUGACUAUCCUCCAUGAAGGAAAGAUCGGUCAGAAGAAUGAGUCGAGAACUUCGUGCACACGUCAACUAUCAACAUUCAUUGCAUCGUCGAUCACAAUUAAUAACACAUACAAAGCUUCUUUAAGAAAGACUCAUACUACAUGCAACAUAUCAAGUAAGCUACUCGCCCAUUUUUCCCUUUUUUUUCAAAUAAAAUUAGUUUACCUAGACAAACUUUCAAUUUCCCUAUGAAAUCCAGAAUUAUCGAAUAUUUCAGUUGUUAAGUGGACACGAACGUAGUGAUUCGUGUAGUUGGUGUGAACAUCCCCUUCACUUCUUACCCGAGAAACAAAACUGGAGAAUUUGUUUAAUUUCUGACCACGAGAGUGGUCGACGUCGCUUAACAAAUUUGAGCAUUGUUUUGCCCAUGAAAGAGAAUUUUAAACAAUAUUUGACUGUGAAACAAAACGACUUUCUUCAAAGUGAUGUAGUUAAGAGAGUGCUGAUUGUAUUACUCUGGUUUAAUUUAAGCCUGAUCAUAAGUUUUGCCUCUAAGCUUUCAGGUUCACAUAGUAUCCAAAAUAUUUAUAUCGACUAGCAUAUAUUUUGUCUAUGAUGACAACAAAGCCAAAACGUUUCGCGGGAAGGCUCUUUUGCAUUACAGGGUAAUCCUUAUAUGUUGGUUAUGGAAGAAUGCGUUCAGUGACUGGAUUAUCCGCACAGGAGAAUUGGUAUUUUUGCAAAUUAAAAAAAAAUUCAAACAACAUAGGCAUGCGUAUGAAACAUGAUAUAUUCCGUGACAUUUAAUAAGAACUCCUCACCGAAGAUCGACUAAAAUCCAGUGGACCAAACCAUACAGUGUAUGUACGGCAAUCUGUUAUUUUUAACCAUUUCUACAGGGAUCUGGAAGAACUAACAUCAUCUUGUUUUUAACGGACGGGAAUCCAAGUGACGCUGAAGCAGGAAUCUAUCAAGCAAUCGAUGAAGGACAGGCUUCAAUGGUUUGUAAUUUUGCUUGAGUAUCACUAACACGAAUCUUUUAAGGGCUUGCAGCAAACUAGCUCAUAGCGAGCUUACUUAUCUGUGUUUUAUCAAAGACAAAUCGAGCUUCUCUGUUCAUUUACAACAGGAAUCGAAAGACUUCCGGACAGUUUUAAGAUUUUCUAAAUAAAAGAUUUAAUUUCAAAUUAAACUGUUCAUUUGGGCCGCGGCAAUUGAAAAAAUGUCCUCUUUUUGAUGGUAGGACUAACCGAAUAUUCCGAAAACCACUAGCCCUGCGUUGAACACUCAGCUGAGUUUAGAGGUAUCAUCUACUGAAAAUCCCAUUUUUCUUUUCAGAACCACACAGUCCAAAUUAAUACGUACGCUCUCGGCACUGGCCUCUCGCAUAAAAGUCUUCAAAGAUUGAAAACUAUCGCAUACAACAACAGCGGUGUAUUUGUUGAAAUAAGCGACCAGAGGGAAGGGGUACUAAAACGAAUAAUGGGCAGCUACUACACAUCAAUAAACAUACCGAUUGGUCAGAAAGCCCGGAUUUCUGACCCUUUCAUGGACUCAAAGCUAGGGCUCACAGUAACAGUAUCUGUUGCCCUGAUUCACAAUGAGUCAUUUAAAGGAGUCCUUGCACUUGACCUUCCUCUGGAUCGCUUGUUCAAAGAAGCCCUCCGUGCGUCUUCCAAUGCCCAGUCCUAUGCCAUACUCGUGAACAAAGAAGGUAACUCUCCAAGUUUUUAAAGAUAUGUUUUCAUUUCCAGGUUGUUCAAUUGAGAGACUCAUGGACCAAGGUAUCUUUGAAUCUAUCGAAUGACUUCACAUAGUAGUUGUCGUGGCUCAAAGUAUUGUCAUUUUACAGGGGCGGAUCCAGGAUUUUUCUUAGGAGGGGUUGUAACACCAAGGAAUGAAGGGACUGAAGGGUGACGUAAACAAAUUUUAAACAAAGCGAAAACGAAGAAGAAGUCUUGUGACUUUGCAAUAAUAUAAUGUACAACGCUGAGAAUACAAAGAAUUUUGGCAGCGUUCAAUACAAAUUUUUAUUAAUCUAGUCUUAUGUUCUACUUCAAAACCAUUGAACCACAGGCUGCGUUUUGUCAUUUCUAUUUUUUCUCCUUUUUUUUCGAAAAAUACUGGCUCAGUUGGUUGAGCAUUGCACCAGCAUCGUAGAGGUCAUGGGUUCAAUUUCCAAACCUCAUUUUCAAUACUGCUUAGUAGAGUUCAAUACUGCGAGGGUCGCUUUCACUCGAUGUUAGUUAUAUUAGAAAGCCGGUGUCAUCUAAGGGAGAGGUGUGUACCGGUACCCCCUACACCCCUCCCCAAGAACUGAUCAGAUAUAUCAAAAAGCUCUCAAUACUAACAGAUACACAGUAGAGUCCCUUUAAGAACAAAUGCAUCAAAGAAAUAUUUUAUUCCAGGUCGGACAAUUUUGCACCCAUCCCUCCCGAGUCCGACUGACACCACUAGUAGCCGCUCGUUUUUGCCGCUUUCGUUGUUUGAGGCCAGCCUCCCUGAUGACAUCAUAUCAAACAUAACCCAUGGAGGGUCUGGUGAACAGUGCUACGAAGUAAAUUAACUUUUGAUCAUUUCUCUGUCAGUUUUGCUUCUUGGAGACCCAUAGUGUAAUAUACGGGAUAUAUACGAAGUCUAGAUCCAGAAUAAUCAAAAGUCAUUAUGCCCCAAAGUAAAAACGAAAAGUUCGGCUGUUUGCACGUUCAAAACAUGACUAUGGAGAAAACAUAUAAAUACAGAACGACUGAAAAAAAGAUUCCUGACUCACAGGAGAUCUGUAGCUCCACAAGUUGGAUCAGGCAGAUUGCUAACGUUAAGGAAAAAAUUAAAGUUUAGUAAACUUCUAAAACUUCCCGCCAUAGCAUCUUAAGGUAUUCUUGCCUUAACCAGAAUUUUUAUCAAUUACUCCCUGUACACUAUAAUACUGAAUAUCAUUUAGCGACAGCAUAUAUUAAAAUGUCACCGUAACCACUCGUACAAAUUCGUGGGGAAAAGCGAUCGGCUUGAAAAACGUAACAAAGUACAAAGUAGAUGUACAAAAAAUUUCUCUAUUUUCAUUUCGCUGGUUUUUAUGAUAAGCAUACAAAACUUACAAAAGUGCCUUUAUCUCAUAACGGUUAUUGCUGACUUGUGUCAUUUCAGGCUGGGUUUCCUGUGUUACUUGGAGAUCGGUCCACAGAUGGAACCCAUAUCUUCUACAGAAAUGCUACUUACAUCUGGAAACCUGUCAGAAAAAAUGCUUAUUACAUUGUCUUCGUGGUAGCUGAUGGACAGUCCAUUAAAACCGACUUUACAUCUGUAAGUUUGGAGCCUGUUUUGUUUUGAUUUUCAUUGCGAACAGUGAGAGCAAAUGUACAAGUAGACUGAAGGAUGAAAAUCACUGGUUAGUGGAUCAACCUGUCGAGCAAAGGAGCUUGAGAGAUAAAUCAAUAGACUGCAUCACUAAUUAUGAAUUAUGAGUGACAGAAGUCUUUUCAAUGAAGUCUGCAAAUCAGAUUUCACUAUUUUUCCAACAAUUAUUUGUCUUCUCAUCAAUGGUAGUUCUUAUUUCAUCAUUGUGAUUUGAAAACUCUUUUGUUUACCGUAGUUCAAACUUACGAGGAAUAACUCACCAUCGCUUUACCAUCGAUUGGAUUUGUGGAGGAAUAUUUCCGAUUCUUAUCCCAGUGGAAUUUGUAGUUCAAAAGAAAGUCUACUGAUUUCUUCAACGUCCUCUUCUGUUAAGGUAUUCUAUGGGUCUCCUCGCAGUACAAUCUGCUCCUAUGGAAUACCUAAGAGUCAGAUGAAUGUAGUAAUUUUAGAAUGAUUGUUGUAAAAAUCUGUGGAAGAUUGAUACAGCAAGCGAAAGCUAAUGGUGGUCAGUGUGGCACCCUUUUAACUCUCUCCACUAACCGAGCCGGUCUGUAACAGUCUAAUGAGUUCUUUGUAAAUCACUUCUCAAAAAUAGUUAAUGCUUCAAAAAUUACUGAAAUAUUUAGAGUCAUUCUGUCCAUUACCAAUGAGGCUUAAAAUCAAAAGCGUUUAUUUCUUUCUGAAAUAAUUUGAUCGUUGAGGGAGCCAUUGUUGUACUGGAUAACCAUUUCUGUUUUAACUUAUUUACCAUCAUAGCUUCACUUUGUCGCAAAUAAAUGAGCUUUUCGGUAUGUCACAAGUGAACCUAGAUAUUUUUUCGCAAGUACAACUCAGUUGUUUUAUUAUUAAUCCACAUGUAAAAUUCUUUAUUCCAGAUUUCUCCAGAAGCAUUUAAUGAUUCUGAUGAAUUCAUCUACAAUACAGAAACAAUCAGAGAUGUGCAAAAUAUCCAACGGUUUUUCAAUGAAAAUGUCCCUCACGUUCGUUUCAAAGGUCUGAGGACAUUUUUCUAAGUGUUUAAAAAUAAGUAUUUAUAGUUAUAAUUACGGUUAACGAGUCAAUCCCUAAGAGAAACCGGCAUCUCAUUUCUUUCUAUAGUAUUACUCUUGAAUAAAAUAGAAAGAUUAUGAGAAUUAAGAAAAUAAAAGGGUAAUAGUCAUUUCCCAGUUUGUUACAGCUAUAGCACCUUGGAUAUAGAGGAUAUAACAUGGCCGCGCGGGUAAACGAAUUCUAUCUUCGAGUGCUGAAAGUAUCUCUCACGAGUGAGCUCAGCGAACGAAUGAGAGAUACUUUCAGCACGAGAAGAUAAAAUACGUAUCCCCAAGCGGCCAUGUAAUGUUCUGUUUAUUCUAUAGAUACUGCUGAAAUUCAUACAUGAAAAACAAUUUUUUUUUAUUCAUUUUCGCGCGCCUGAGUGGGAGGCUCUCUUGUAAUUGGCUAAUCAUGUUAGUAACCAUGGCGACACCAAUAUCCUCACACGUGAGAGAUAAAAAUAGUAUCUUCACUGCGCGCGAUGAAGAUAUGAUUUUUUAGUAAAAGGAAAAAUCCUGGUAUUUCAUCAGUAUCUAUAUAAUAAAAAUUCUUUACUCAUAGGCCUUAGUGAAGCAAUCCGUGCAGAGGUGAUGAUGACAUCAGAAUUGGAGGACUUCUGGAAGAGAGCCGAAUUAACAAACCAGUACUUAGUUACCUGGAGGUAAGGUUUUUUUAUUUCUUUUGCCUUGUUUUUUAUUUCUAAUUUUCAUUUUUUGGAUAAGACGGAAAAAACGAAUACAUAUUAUUCAAACAUUCAUUUUCAGAUUUGUUGGAACACAACAAGGAGUAUUAAGAACGUUUCCUGGUAUUCGGUUGCAAAAGACAUAUUCUCACCUACAGCAAUCUUGGUGAGUAAAGCUUCUCAGUGGUACAGAACAACAGGACAAGAUCCAUUCAUGUCUAUAACGUCAUGUUGAAUAAGUUUGAUGUAUUUAAUGAGCCUGUAGUUAAACUUAUUAUGAGGACAGUGAUAGUUUUGUUCUGCAAUACUUAGAUAAUCAACACGUUGUUAACAUUUAUCCAUUCAAACCGGGUCCCUUUUUCUGACCAAUACCUUGAAAGAACUUAAGCUGACAAGGAUUUGAAUGAUUGAAAUUCAUCAAUAAAUGAGAACUAGAUUAAAUUAGACACUGUUUAUCUAAACGCUGUCUUUCAAAUAUUGUAACUGUGGCAGGUAUAGGCAAGCAUCUUCAACGCCUGAGAUGAUGGUUGUGUCACUGAGAAAUUCAGCUUACCAGCAGGAUAAAGUGUUAAGCUUAAGUAAAGCUAUUCCCAGGACAAGGUAUGGUAAUUAAACAUCCAAGGUUAUGAAUAACGGUAUCAUUAUUUUCUGAAAUUACGUUUGCUUUACACCGCUGAGCUCGCUACCAACCGGCUUACUUAUCAGAGCCGGGCUUACAAGUACCAGGGACGUAUACGUAGUUGAGAUAACAAGUUACAACAAUCUUUUCCUUUAUGUCAAUAAAAUGUGUGUAAUUUAUUAUUUCAAAGGAAUUGAGUUCACCUAUCAUUUAGGUAUAUACGUUGAGAACAUUGUUAAUGCUGAAUCCUUAGGAAAAAAUUAAAACACGAGUGGAUCGUAUGGCUGUUCUGUUUUCUGUUUUCACUGUGCAGCAGUGCAGGUGUCCAGUUCGGCGACAAUCAAGCGCGAGAUGUGCUGGCCGUCAUGGGAAUGGAAAUGACCAAACACGCCUUUGUGCAGCUCAUUGCUGAAAAGGCAAGUAAAUCUUUACAUGAUGCGCCGGUCUUUCUAAAGAAAGUAUAGGAACUGUUGUGGCACCUACUUCACAUAACCCGAAAUUUACCAGAAAUUUAAUUUAAGCUGGGUAAAUAAGGGAAGAAUUGGAAGGAGUGCAAAAAUUAAAAAAAAUUAAAAUAUAAAAUUAAGAAAGACACCGGCACCAUAAACGAUUAUUUCGGUCCAUUGUUUACCACUAGCAUCAUUACUGCAUUGCAGGUUGGUUUUGAAAAAGAUUGUGGCGAAGAAUGGUACAUCGUCGAACGGAGUGGGUAAGAGUUGAAGUCAUACUUUUUUCAUGGCCAUUUUCUUGCUUGCUGCGACACAAACAGACAAAGUAAAAUUCAAUGUUCCCCAAAAAGGAAGUAACGAGAAUAAGCUGGAGCAGAGGUUGAAUAAUGUUUUAAUUAAUUUUGCUGUUAAUUUUCUCUUUAAGCAACAGGGAACCUUUUUCGUUUGUAAAUAGUGUUGUCUAAACAAAUGCUUCAUGCGGCCCAGCUGCAAAUUUGGACGUGGUGCUUAAUAGGGAAUUUACAGUUCUGUGGCGAGAUGUAAAAUUUAAGUCCGUUUUUAAAGCACAAGUUUGUCGCGCUCCGACACUGCAUCUUUGGGACAAAAUGACACGCUUUUCGACUUUACGUUUCAGACAGAUUAUGAUGAACCUCUCUCGUUCCACUAGUCUGAAAACUCACAAGGGGCAUUUAACAGACGUUUUCCCUUGGCUGGCGAGUCAGUUAAUCAAAAAGGACAAAAAUUUGAAGGUGCUUUAAUUAAAAUGUUGAUGCAUGAGUUACAACCCUGUCGGUAUCAUAGCACUUAAAAAGAGGGAAUAUCAGCAAAACAGAUAAAUCAUUCAAUAACAUCAUUCCCCUGUACAGGUAAAAGCAUAACUAAUUAGGCGAAAAAUUGAUGUCGUGCAAAGCAAGUGGGAAGAUUAUAUGAGAAUGACGAUGGAUGGAGAUGUUAUCAGCGAAUAACACGCCAAGGGCUCACAGCAGGAGUCGAACCGACGACCCUUCGAUUUUUACUUCGGACGCCCUACCAUUGAGCUUUAGGAGACUCAUGACAAGCUAGGCCGUUUAACUAGGUCCACAAAGAACAACUUCCUCCAUACUGCAAGGAUAGGAAUGUUAAUAUGUAAUACUUAUGCAAAAUUAUAAUUCAAAUGAAGGUGGUAAAUUUUAAGCCUGGUGAUUUAAGUGAAGGAGGAUUAGAUUCGGAUAAAAUAAAAACACUGGUGCUCCCUCUAGGACUCGAACCUACGCCCUUCUGAUUAGUAUAUGCAGCUCAAGUGCUCUAUCACUGAAAUAUGAUAGAUAUGUAGCAAGCUAUGGUAUUUAACUAGGUCCAUGGUGACAAACUUCAUGCAUACAGCUAGAAUAGGGAUGUCGAUAUGUGAUGCCUAUGCACAAUAAUGAUGUUAAUGAAGAUGGUAAGUGAUAAGCUUGGUGAUUUAAGUGAAAGAAGAGUGUUUUCAGUUAGUAACAUGCUCGGAGAAAAAAAAACCGGAUGCUUCCAAUAGGAGUCGAACUUACCUUCAAAUCAGUGCCCUGGACGCUCUAUCAAUGAGCUUGAGGAGACCUAUGGCAAGUAAGGCCAUUAAACUAGUCCAUGCUGAGAAACUUCUUGUGUACUUGGAAGAUAGGGAUGUUGAUAUCUAAUGCUUACAUGCAAUGAUGAUGUAAAUGAAGACAGUAAAUCAUGAGCGUGGUAGUUAAGGUGAAGGAGGAUGUUCUUCAGUUAAAGAAGAAACUACUUUUAAAACAUUUCUGCUGAAAAUCAUAAUAUUCAGUUGGACCUGAAAUGACCAGUUUAGUUUAAAACAAUAUACACGGCUGUAUCUUGCAUAAAAACAAUUUGUUUAAAACUUCAAAAAAAUGAAGUCGGUCAUUUUCUAACUUCCUAUUCCAUUUUAAAAUUCUGAAUCCGUGGGCAGUUGAAACUGACUUGAUGGGGAACAACUCUUGAGGAAUGGGACUUGUUUUUGCAGACAUCUUGGUGCAAUGAUUACCAACAGCACACAGUUCAAUUGUUCUAUGAGCUCAUUAAUUCCGCUGACGGAGCCUCUUCAAAAAGUUCAGAUCCCUGUCUUCAGUUCAGCUUAAACCAAAUACAAGGAACGUCACUUUUCUUGCUCAGCUUUCCAUCGAGAAGUCUGCAUAACUGCACCGACCGACCUACUGCACCAAAUGAGGUUUGAGAUUAUCAUAUAUUCUGUGGCAAUGUUUUCUAUGGCUCUCAGGUCAAUCUUUUGCAGAUAGCAUGAAGUUAUUUUGUAAAUAGAAAAUGCAAAUAUUUCUUCUUAUUCUAAUGCCGUUUGUCACCGUCAAACGUCUUGCUUAUUUUAAAAGUUCUUAGACAUAUUCAUUAUUUCAAAGAAAGGUCAACUUCUUCAGCUUGAUUUAGUUCUGUGAGUGCUUGUGGUUUUCAAUUCAAAAACUUGUCUAACUUGUUGGAACUGUGUAAACAUUACGUAAGGCAGCUAUCAAACGUAACAAAAGACACACGUUUAAACAAGGAAAAUUUUGUAACCACCAAUUCGUUUCUUUCCAAACAUUUUAGGACUGUUUCUGUGAGGAGUCUUGCAGGGUCUGCUCAACCAAUGCUGUGUCCGUUUGUCAGGUCAGUCUCUCCACGUAAAAGGACAGUCUUCAAUGAACAGACUUACAAGCCCGUUUCCCAGGCUUUUGAUCUACAAAAAGGCAAACAAAGGCCUAUAAAAGGAGCAAAGUUUUUUGCAUCUAUUCUCUAAAGUGCUCUUAUCAUUAAUGAAAGGUUUUCCAUUAUUUUUCUUUGUCUUCUAGUGUCCUUGCUCUUGUCACAUGUCAUAUGACGAGUGUGAAAAUUCUGUAACAAGUCUGUGGACAUCAUCGCCUUGCCCGGGUAAGGAUGAUUGUAGGUAGUGUUCGUUUAUCAAACAGCUGUUUCCAUAUAUAUGUAGUGUGAUAUAAGAUUCUGGAAGCAACAGUUUAUACAAUAAAUAAGGAGCUCCUUUGGCCUCACAUCUGCAGAAACAACAUUAAACAGCUCGCUACACUACACUGAGGACCAAAAAUAUGGAAUGCUCCCACUGUAUCGUCCUCUAAAGGAGAUUUUCUUGUUUUUCUCAAUUAUUAACAAGAACACAAAAAAUUGCAACAGACUAAACCAAUGACAACUACAACACCAAAAAAAAAAACAACAACAAAACGAACAAUCUAAAAAACGAAUAAAGGAGGUAAGUUUCUAAAGAAACUGUGGUGCUGCGUCGGUGGGAGAGUAUAACAGGUAAUUUAGUGUUAACAACUGGGUUGAAAAUGUAAAAUGGCCACCGUAAAGGGUAAAAAAGCUGAUGUUUCGAGCGUUAGCCCCAUCGCUCUGACAAAGGGCUAACGCUCGAAACGUCAACUUUUUACCCUUUACGGUGGCAAAUUUACGUUUUCAAUUCAGUUGUUAACACUAAAUUACCUAAUCUAAAAAACGAACAGUCAGAAUUUAAUUGUCAUGCUCAUCAGUAUCACCGCCUUAUUCUAUUUAUAUUUCAAUAAGCUCGAGACAAGUCAAAACAAGUUCUAUGAAAACUGAACAUCCUGGAAUAUUCUAGAGUAUUCUAGAAUAUUACUUAACAAAUUCAUCAUAGGCAAGCCCUGCUUCGUUCCUUAGUGCAAGCUGUGCCAAGCUUCAGUCAUUCGGAAUUACAAAAUGUACAGUCUUGGUCCUGAAAUGAGGCAAAAAUGGUGCACCCAAGUAUGAUCAAGUAUCAUCUACUUCCCGACAACAGCAAAAUUAAAGAAAUGAGAGAUGGUGACGACGGUUGCAAGUACUGCGAGGAGUCAGGGAGCCCGACGAAUUGAUUCACAUCAUUUAUGGACUCUAUGACCAGAUAGAGCCGAUAAAGAAUAACAUCAUCAAGGACUAUCUGAGGUGAUUCAGGAAAUCUGUGGGAAUCCAAAUCAAUGAUUGAAGUUGAUAUAAGGAUUCAAAAUUUAGGCCGUAUUCCUUAGGUAUACUGGAGGGAUUAAUGAUAAGACAAAGAGAGGAUUUCAACAUCUUGGUAUGAGAACAAGAAUGAUUCUAGCAAUGAACAGAGUUUUAAACUCAAAGGACUGCGUAGCCCGUCCGUAGAUACUGGGGCCAGAGGGAGGAAGGGGUCCAAAGACGAGCAAACAGAGAACGAGAGCAAUGAGAAUACCUGGGUAUGUCUGCGAAAAGGAGAGCUCAACACAGAGACAGAGGCUCUCAUCAUUGCUUAAGACCUGGCAGUAGGAACAAACCACAAAAAGAAACAACAAGUGUAGAUUGGAUUCCAAGGAAAUGCCACGGGCAGAAUGUGUUAAACAGACAAAUUAAACAGGAAGCUAUAUUGCAAGUGAUUGCCUUCAACUGGCUCUGUUAGUACAGGAGGAUAUAGCGCGGCGGUACACUGGGACUAAUCAGGAAAGUGUGGUUUUCAGCAGAAAAGUGGAGGGAACGUUAUGAAAAUGUACACUGGAAAGAACUUAAAUUUAAGUUACUGUGGGAUUAUAGCAUCCAAACUGACCUGACCUGACCUGACCUGAGAACAGCAAGAAAACCAGAACUGGUGAUUCAAUUCUUUGUAGAGCCACUGGAAAACCAUUCAAAAGAUAGUGUUAUGAUAAAAAACAAUAAUUAAAAAAAUGAAUCAUAAACAUAAUAUUUUCACAUCAUUUCUUUGACAGUCCCAGUUCCCCCGCUGUUUGACACAGAUAAGGAAGACGUUGCUCUGAAGGAUGCACUAGCCUCUGUGCCCAGAUGUGCCCGAGAUUGUGUUCAAAUGUACGAGAAAAAAACCGAUAUGGUAGUAGUAUAACGUGGCAUUACGAUUUUUAGUCUUAGUUCAAUUAAUCUCAAGACAAUAGUGUACUUUGUUGAGAAAUUUUUACUGAAACUUUAAUUGAAAAAUGUCACAGUACUUCAAAUAUUUUUGCUCGUGAGCUAUUGAUCUAAACGCGUCACGUAAUCGAAUAUGCCACGCCAAGACUCGGGAAUGUCGGGUGACAUUCAUCAAGUUUCGAACCUCACCUACAUUACUGUGAAAAUGGGAGGGUGUUUGCGUGAAAAAUCAUCCCACACAGUAGACUAUUUUACGGUUUGCAGUCUGAAAACGAUUUUUCUCGCAAGUUGCAAAGAUGUUUGACAGGUAAUAAAACACAUGAGCUUCAAACGAUUUGGAGCGAUAUGCCUUUUUUUCCCUUCGAUUUAUUAAAGGUUUGUCUCUUUAGGGUUAUGUGGCGAGUAAAUGUUGAAAGCCUUGCCACUUUUCAUUCGAGCCAUAUCUUUGUUAAAGUAACUAUUUGAUAAUAUCUCUCAGAUCAUAAAGAUACAUGAACUCGAUCAUUUUUCUUUUUUAAUUUUUCGUUUGUAGAGCGAACAUAAGUGAAUGUGGAAACACUUUAGGCUGUCACUGGUGUUCAGAACAAGAGGUUCCAUUGUGCAGCUCAGAAUGUAGAACAAACCAAAGGUAACUGAACAUUUCAAAUCGAAGCCUGUGUUAAUUUUGAAAACCAAAAUAAUUCACUUUCUUCAAAUGUUAAAAACAGUUUUUUACUGAGGAACGUUGGAAUUUCUUUUCUUCUAAGAAAAAAGAUGACGAAUGUAGAGGAAACGAAAAACAAGGUUAUGACUACAACGGCUAAUUUUUUCCAUAAAACGUAUGGUAAUGGCAUACAAAACUAACGCGUUUUUUUUUUACAUCAUUUUUUUCAGUUUGUCGAUGUUUGUCCGUUUUCCUUGCCAAAACUUCAUGAGUUUACUGGUUGAUCAACAAAACACUAUAAAGUACUUAUUCAAGACAAAUUUACUGCGACUGGUAAGCAGUACCUCCCCACUUAACAUUGGUGUUUUACAGCUGCAGAAGGUAAGUCACCAGUUCAUUGCAUGGAUACUUAUACUGUGCUCAUGCGUUAUUUGGGACUACUUUUGUAGCCGAAACAACCAAAUUAUCUGUAAAUGUUUUUUAAAAAUCCCACAAACACCUGAAAACUUUCUAGUAGCCCUUAGUUUGACGCUGACUUUCCUAUCAGACUUGACAUGAAAAGAGUGUUUCGUCCUUUUUAAUUUUAACGCGUAAAUGUAUUUUAGACGACAUUGCUUAGAAAUGUAUAACUUGAAGGUAGUUUGGUAUACAUGGACAAAGCAGCAAAACGCAUGAACAAGACGGUGGUAUAAUUUACAUGCGCAAGUUCCCUUCAUUCUUCCGUGUAUUGCGCAUUGAGGUAACGGAGGUUACUUAUUUAUCAUGUUAAUAUAUGUCAAUUAGUCCCUCCCGCCCCUUGACUAUAGGUGGCAGUGGUGGGUAUCGAGGUGGUACAAUUACCUCAACUAUGAUUUUCGAAAAGCCCGAGCCAAGUUAGAGUAGACAAGAAAAAGAGCAAAGGAAAACUUAUUUGGCCAUAAGUUAGUAGUAAUCUUGCAUACUUCGUGUCUCAUACUUCUUCAAACCAGUGUGCUGCAGGUAGCGAAGUUAGUGUAUAGCUUUGUUAGUAAUGGAGCUGCUGAGUAUUGAAAUUAAGUUUUAUUCUAUCCACUUAGUUUUAUUUUUUGUUCGUUUUUUUUUGUUUGUUUGUUUUUUGUUUUUGUUUUGUUUGUCCUACCUUUUCUGCGUCUGGCAACUGCAAACCCCUCUGUGCCGCUGCCUUUUACUGAAACUUGAUUCAUUUACUAUUUCAGCCAAAACUCUUCUUCUUUGACAGGAUGGAAUCGUUGUUAAAUUACAAGCUACAACCUCAAAUAGUGAUUUGAAGACCAUCCAAGAAACUAUAGAACACUUGGUAAAUCAAGGUAAAGUUGUGCUUGGACCUGCUGCCGAUAUACGUGCAGUUUACACCGCAAGGAGUCCUAAGGAAUUUACAGAGUAAGUUUUUUAUGCCUUAAUAAUUGUAUAAAACUGCAUCUUAAGUUAAAAAAAGAGUUUCUUAUCUCCAUAGUCUUCAUGUUUUAUUUACCUUGGACCAAGCUCUACCACAGCCCUCACAAGAAAAGAGUAACAUUAAAGCCCAGUUGGAGUCCAUCCUCAGUAAACUUGUGGGAAGCUCACUAGUCAGUAGAAUUCGUCGCCUAUGCCUUAACAAGGUAAUGAAUUUUUUUUUUAACAGAAACACGUAUUAUUAUACUUUCAUUCUGCCAAUAAUGACGUGACUUAUAUAUAUAUAUAUAUAUAUAUACACACAUAUUGUAUGUCUGUAAAAAAAAGCUGUUUACAGUUACUGUACCAAUUAACUACGAUCUAUUUCUGUUUCGAUGUUGUUCAAUCUCUGCUAAUUAACUUUUGUUUCUACUUAAAAAUAUAUAUAUAUAUCAUCAAAGUAUAUCAUUUUCCCAUAAUCGGCUGAAUUUCAAACAGAUAUAACACUUUUUCUUUCUCUUCCUCUCUGUCUUAUCAUCUGUAACUGAACUUGUUUUCUAUUGACAGACAUCCAUUCGGUUUUCCUUGAGCAACGAGGGUGAAACUGUACUACAUCCGAUCAACGAAAUGAAAACGCGUCUUGAGCGCCUGGUUAAGCUGGGAAAAAUAUCUUUUGAAGUUCCACUUAUUACUGGAUCUGCUGUAAUGACUGAUGUUUCAGUUGUAAACAUUUCUUCUGGCGGUACUUUUGAUUUUUUGUGUCAUCCUUACACAUCAUCAACAUCUGCAAAGACGACAUCGCCACAAAGCACGCGCCAUGUUGAAAGCAGCACAAGUAAGUCUCAAUGAUUGUGAAUAUUUGUGAACCGCAGCCAGCUCCCAGUUGGGUUGUUAGCUCAGUUGGUAGAGCACUGCACCUGUAUCGCAGUGGUCACGGAUUCAAAUCCCGUGCAGGCCUGAAUUUUUUCAGACCUUAUUUUCACUGCCGCUUAGGUAGUGAUUAUUACUGCGAAGAUCGCUUUCAUAUUCACAAGUAAGAUUGUUAAAGCCAAUGUAUCUUCGUAAACUUUGGUAACCCGUCCAGCCGAAAAAACUAAGCUUGAUGUCAUGACUUCACACCCUCAGUCCUUACGUAUGUACAGGAAGGAAAAUAAUAUUGAGCAUGCGCAGCAACCAGCAUUAGAGGUGCAACUCAGACUAACAAACACAGGCAAGGACAAUAAUACUUUCCACUCGUUCAACUUUGAUCGAGGUAAAGAUAUGGGAGGUCCAAAUAAAAAAAAGUUUGAAAAAGAACAGUCGAAUCUUUGAAAAAUAUUUCACAUUUCUCACGACUUCAAUUUGGAGAUUACCACGGCCCAGAGAGUUUUCGAGGUCACCAUACCUCGAUUGAUUCUCAAAGCCAUGCGAGUUAUAGCUGCAAAUUGAAACCGAACUCGUUGACUUCAAGUGAGGCUUCUUGACAUUUUGAGAAUUCCACAACUUGGUAAAUUUUAUUUUCGAUCCAUGAUACGUCUUCAUAGGCUUGGCAACUUACAAUGGAAAUUACGAUGGAACCUUGCAAUCUGUAACGUUUGUCAAACAGUUCAUCUCUGUACUAUAUAUGUAGUCUAAAUUCCUCUAAAAACGUUAUAACGCCAUUGUACAACAGAAACUAAAAUGAACAAAAUGAUUUUUUCUAGUGUUAAGCGGAACCGUCUCUCCCUCCGACAAGAACGAUGUUCGCGAACAAGGCCUCACUCCUGUGGAGAUAGGAAUCGUCGUCGGGGUUUCUGCGCUUGCGGUGUCCGCUUUACACUGUAUUUUGUUUGCGCUGUGCAAGAAGGGACGACGGGAAAAGAAAAAGAAAACAGUGUCCCCAGAAGGAAAUUUUGAGGAUGAGUUACCGUCAGAACUUUCAGAUCUGUCAGAAAUGGAUACUGAUACGCAUAUUGCUCUAAGUAAUAUCAACACUACUUAUGAACCAACAAGAAUUCAUCUGUCGCCAAGAGAGGCCUGGGCUAGAGCAAGAGAACUAACAAUUCAAGCGCCACAACAAGUUCCAAAAGGGGCGUGGUUUUAAAACGUACAUUAAAAAGUAAUUUUAGAGUUGUUUUAGCUAGUCACGAUGAUAUAGUACGAUAAUGUCAUGAUGUAAUAUUUCUUGGAACCACAUCAGAAAGAAUCGAGAAUCCCGGGUGGGUGAUAUGAUCAAUUUUUGCUGUGUAUUAGCCGCUGGCCUCUCAGAACCCCUAUCCCAUUAUAGUCUGCUUUGUGGCCAUUUAUUAACCCCAUCUAAGUCACUUUUAGACAAAUGUAACAACUUUGUAACUGCGAAUCUUCCCAUUGUAAAAUCCCUACAUACCAGAAUGUUCUUAUCCCGAAAAUACCGUAAAUGUGCUACACCAUUCUAGUAACUUCAUUGAAAA